AUGCAAACACUACAACAAGCUCGUCUCACCACAAAACCUCCACCACUUCCACCUCCUAAUGCUAUCCCUCAAGUCUACCGUCCUCCACCAGUCAAAGCCAAAGGAAUUCUAAGGCAUCGCAUCGUGGCACCGGUAUCGGAACCAAAGGCCGAGUUGGACGUGGAUCCGAAGACGACGGAGUAUCUAUCAAAAUUCUUCGCAAGUACUGGAAUCCCGUUCGAUGCAAUUCACUCCUUGCCGUUCCGAGAACUUCUCAGACAUCUCAACCCGAGUUGUGCUCUGCCAGAAGAAGAUUCGAUGUUCAAAUAUGUGGAGAAGCAGAAUUCAUUGACAAAGCCGCUUGUCAACUUCCAGAAAACCGUCGGUCCAUUGGGAGUGACGAUAGAUGUCGCUGGAAAUGAUGAUGAAAAGUAUCUCGUCUUUUCGAUACACUAUUUUGAUGAUUUGUAUGAAAGGAAGAACAUUGUGUACUUGAGGAAACUAUUGUUAAGCGAACCUGACGCGGAAAGUCUUCUCAUCUCCAUCCGUCGCGCUGUCAACAAUCACACAUAUUCGAAUGUGAAGUUCACAAGUAUAGUGUGUCCCAAUGAUCAAAUCUACAAUUUGGUGGCAAACAGUGGAGUCAUCAAGCGAUAUCACAUUUGUUUCUAUAAUUAUAUGUCAAUGUUCAUUGCGGAUCUCAUGAAGAUUCAAGAAUUCUCGGAUGGGCUCACUUCGUUGAGAGAAUUCAUUCGAUUUGUGAAGAGAGAUGCCGAGUUGUACAGUAAAUUCAGAAGAAUGCAGCUCUCGAAGAACGCCAACUUGGACCUUCCAAUGAUCGAUGAGGGGCCAUGGGAGAACACUUGUGUCUUCUUAACAAGAUGUCUUGUAUUGCAUGACACACUGACAGAGUACUGCGAGCGGUUCCAACAAACGGCUUAUAUAAACAACUCGACAUUCAAUCAUCUCAUAUAUCUACAACGAUUGAUGCAACAAUGCUUGAAGUAUUGUCGAGAGUUGGGCUCUUCGAACAACACAAUCUCACAAAUCAUCCCAGCUAUUGAAGGACUCCGUCAAUAUAUCCAAACACACGAUAUGGGCUAUCGAUUCCAGAAGAAUAUCAAGGAUUCGUUGAAUAACUCCUUCGGUUACCUCAAUCAAAUUCAUAUUCGUGCGAGAUACGAGAUGGCGACUCUUAUGGAUCCACGUUACGCGUAUCGUGAUAUCUUCCCUCCGUUGAAGUGGAAACAGAUUGAAUCUCGAGUCGCUGAGGAGUUUGUGAAAAUGGACGCUAGCUCUGAGAAGAGUUUCUAUCAAGAUAUCUCCCAGAUGACUUCAGAAGAGCGUCGUGAUAUCAUGAUGAAAGAAUUCGCACACUAUAGACAAGUAUCGUUUGUGGAGCGUCCUGAAGAUUCGGAUAGUCCGUUCUACUGGUGGGGAAAUCGUCAAUUGCAUAUGGAGCAUUUGGCAGUGUUGGCUAGAGAGAUAGUGGCAACACCAGCGAUGUCUAUCGAUGCAUCUCACUUCUUCUCGAGCGGCGGAAAGUUCCGGCAUCUUUGCAAGAAGUAUUCAUACGGUCGCUUGGACGAUUGUCUCUCGGUUGCUGGUAUCAAUCAACAAUUCCGUGGAAGAGGAGCUACAGCGGAGACUAUGACUCAGUCAAUGCAGGAGAAUCUUGACAGUACUGCGAAACGACUUCAGAAGCAGAUACACUUUGGUCUCUACAGUCAUGGAAGUGAUUUUAACACUGAACGCCGAAGAGAGGAGAUUAUUGGAAUGUCGUACCCACCACCACCGACAAUGGCUAUGAAUCGAGAUGAAUAUGAAAUUGAAGAGAAGCCACAACAUUUUCUUCCUGCUCCACUUCAAAUGGGAAUGACUCCACCACAUCGACAAGUCAGAACGAUCACUGGGCGACCGAUUCAUUUGAAUGGAAUAGAUCUGAAUAAUGUGCCAAAAGCGAUUCCAAUCAGACAAGUUCCAUUGCAAGGAAAGGUGAAAGCACCGAUUCUAUAUGCUGCUGCUUCUCGACCGGCUCCACCGGCUACUGUCAUCUAUCCGCGGCAAGAAAAUGUGGACUUCGAGCAGAAACCAGUAGAUUUACUCGAGAAGGAAGUGAAAGAAGAACCCGUAAUGGAGAAAGUGAUAAAGGAAGAGCCGUUAGACGAAGUAUCACCACCGAGGCAAACACAAAUGAGCCCGCUGCCAACUCCACAAAAUAUUCUGGAAUUCCAGCAGAAUCCGUCUCCGGUGACAGCGCCCAUGUCACUGCAACAAAUGAGAAAUGUCACUCAAGGAGCUACAUUCAAAAGAAUUAUUCCGAACAGACAAGCGCCGAUGCCACAAAAUAUUACGCCUCAUAACUUUGUGCAGAAGUUCACCCAACAACAGAAGUUUGUGAUCAAGAAUGCGAAUACGCAGAAAUAUCCGCCUCCGGUUGGAAUCAGAAGCGUUCCAACGCCUUUAUUGAAUCCGUCGUUUCCACAAUCUGAUGAUGUGAAAUGUGAAGAAGUGGACAAUUAUGAAUUGUUCAAUGGAGACGAUCCCAACGACAUUUUCAGUGAACACAUUUCGGAUAUUACUCUCGCGAGAAAAACCAUGAUGAGUCGACUGAAGGGUUGCAAUCGCCGUUGUGCUGUAUGUGGACACUUGGAACAUCACCAAGGCCUGAAGAACGUCACGAUUGACUCCGAGAAGCUUCUGAUAAUGCUUGGUUGUAUCUAUCGUCAAGAAUAUACGCUUGGAACGGCGCAGGAGUUCAUGGCGAAAGAGACCAAAGCAUAUGUUUGUCAUGUCCACUACGCAGAGACACUUGAUGAGAUUUACUCGAUGCUGAAAAUGUCUUGUCCGGAGGAUUUAUACAAUUGCACUUUGGAUCAGAUGGAGAAUGUUCUGAUCACAGUAACUGCUCUACGACCACAUAUCACUCUUGAUCAGCUCAAGUCGAUUCUUUUGAAAUUUGCUCAGCGAUACAAGCAUUUAAAGGAGACAAAAUACGAUUUGUUUGGUUCAAACAGUAGAUAUUCUCGUCGUACUCCAUCGGAAGAGACGAACGAUGUCGACGAUCAGGAGAUAAUACCGAAAGAACAUCGUCAGCCACGGAAACAAGUACUCGAAGCGGAUCAACACGAUGGAACUGUCAAAGUGAUCGAGCAGGAGAACUUCAAACUUCCCACAGUCAAACCAUCGGAACACGAGGAUUGUGAUAAUCCAGGAGUGUGUUGUUACUGUUCGAAAAGUGGUGCACGGAAUGGAAUGUUGAGAGUUCCACGAGGAGCGGAUCGAUUGGCGAGAUGGAUUGACAAGUUGGGAGCGGAAUUCGAGAAAAGAUUGAAAUCGGAUGAAGAGAAUCUGGUUUGUCGUCAACACUUCCCGGAGGCUGCAUUCAGUAGUCGUGGACGUCUUCUGAGAGGAAUGAUUCCGGAUGCUGCACCAGAGAAAGUGGAAGUCACCUAUCGAAUUCAAGGAAACAACUUUUUGAAGUUGAACGAACAGAAGUCGGGGACCGAUAAGAAUGCUCGAAUCGAUUUGGAGAGUACGGAGGAUUCAGAAUAUCUCCCAUCUUCCAGAAUACGUGAAGUGUUUGCUCACGAUCAUGACUACACUCCAGAACCUUCAUCAUCAGCUAGAAGCACAAACAAACGACGUGCCGAGUCAACGUCGUCUUCAUCAGAAGACGUGGAUUCUGGAGAGCCAUCAGUGAGGAAGUCACGUCGACAAGCUUCCAGAAGAAAUGCGGCGUCGUCGAAUGAUGGAGACGGAGACUACAUAUACGAUAAGAAGUAUGCUAGUAUAGCUAGUCGACACUUCAACAAGCGCUAA